AUGGUGGAAAUUUUGGACAAAUUUGAGAGCUCAGGAAGCCAAACACAAAAAGAAAAGUUUGAAGCCGAUCUGAAAAAGGAGAUUAAGAAGCUUCAAAGGUUGCGAGACCAAAUAAAAACUUGGCUUACGUAUAAUGAAAUCAAGGACAAACGGGCAUUGCUGGAAGCUCGGAGAGUUAUUGAACAGGACAUGGAACGUUUUAAAGUGAUAGAAAAGGAGACUAAAACAAAGGCCUAUUCAAAGGAGGGUCUCCUGUCCAGUGAUGCCAAAAAAGACCCACUUCAAAAAGAAAAAGAAGAACUGGAUGAAUGGUUGAAACAGUCCAUUCAAGCCCUUCAGACUCAAUCUGAAAAAUACGAAUUUGAGCUGGAGAACCUGGCAACAACAGGCAAAAAGAAGCGGGCGGAUAAGGAGAGGGCUGCCACCACUGAGGAGAAACGAAGGAAAUUAGAAUUUUGUUCCUUUAAUAUAGAAAAACUCGAAACCGUCAUGCGGCACCUAGAUAAUGAACGUCUAGAUUGCGCCAAAGUUCGUUCGCUAAAAGACCAAGUGGAGUACAUCAUAGAAUGCAUAGAUGAGGUGUCAAUAGAGCAGUAUCAAACCCUUUACGAGGACCUGCACCUGGAGGACCUAAGCGAUGUCCCCAUAAAUUUGCCUAACACAACCGGCGCUGUCGAACAUGACAGUACUCCACUUCAGGCGUCAUUGCCAAAAACCGCGGACGAUUCAGUUGACGUUCCCGUUCUUCCUAUUGGUUCGUCGGCAUCUUCAAAUGCUUCUUCGUCCCGCGAAAGGCAGAAAUUUACCGACGAUAAAUUGACCAUUAUACCGCCAUCCGCCUCCUUAGCAAGUACGCCUGUUAAGAACAUUUCUGAAGGCCAAUCAGGUCGGCCUGGAACGUCCGCUAACACCCCAAAGUCGGCUAAGGGGACUGGAAGUAACCUUGCAAACCAGACGGCACCCUCCUGCUUCUUCGCCGGUUCUGCCUCUGUUCCAUCGCCCAACAAAAACACUAGCGAGACUCACCGAGAAAAAUAUGCCAAAGUUGCAGCUGAGUCAAAGGCGAGCAAUAAGUCCAGUAAAGGUGGUAGCAAACAGGAUGCCAGCUCUGCAGAAAAGCAUUUAACAGAUUCUAAAACAGCGACACCUACAGCCACUCCGUCCAAAGCGGAGAACAAAAAUGCUUCGAGUAAGGGCGAUUCUGGGCUUGCUGAUACAUCAACAAAGUCAUCCGAGGAGUUGCCGGAGGAGCCCGCGGCUGUGAACGCUGCCCUCUCGAGCACACUGCCCUCCAUAAAUACGGACCCGGUUGUAACCUCUCCGUCUGCACCGGGCGCUGUAGGCUCUGGCAAACCAGGUUUAUUUAACCUUAUGCCUGCCUCCUCUUCGUUCUCCUCUCACCCAUCUCGGCCCAAAGAACUUUCUGAUACAAUGACAGUGACCUCGGCAAUGGGUCGACUUUCCCUGCUUCCAACGGCUUCUGCAAAUUCGACUUCACCGAUCGGCAGUUCAGUUACGUCUAGUAUGCUGUCAGCCCAACAGAAGGUGGGCAUUGAUCCGGCGGUCGCGGCAGCCCAUCAUCAACAGGCUGCUGUGAUGGCUGCU